ACGUGUACAUAAUAGAGAGGUGCUUGAGGAAUACUAUAUUCUCGCUUUGCCAUUCGUUCUCGACUCCUGUCGCUCAGUUUGUCGAAGGAUCGAGGAUCGAGUACUAGUACCCGACUUCAAGCCUGUUUCCAACAUAAUCCUUCCCUUUACCUGCGCAGAGUUUCAGCGAAGUUGAGUGGUGUGGUAAGUCGAACAGCAGUGCCAGUAACUGAUAACGGCAGACAUGGAGUCGGAUGGAGAAGUCGGUUCUGUCAAGCUUUCCAGCGAAGACUUGGUUGGCGAGGGCCAUCGUCACAUGCUGUGCAAUGACCCAAAAGCUGCAGCUGAUUGCUUUGCCAAAGCGUGUGACCUUAUCGAGAAAGAGAAAGGAGAUUUGGCGGACGAGAUUGCCCCUGUUUACAUACACUAUGGCCGAGCACUGUUGGAUAUGAUCAGGCUUCAAGCCACCGUCUUGGGAGAGAAGCUGCCAGCUGCUGGCAACGAAAAGGAUGACAGCAGUGAAAAUGGCCAGGAAGGAAAAGAGCCAGCAGAAGGUUCCAGCGCAAACGCAGAAGACAAGGCAGAAGAUGAACCUGCUGCAAAUGAUGUUGAUGACAAUGAGGAACAGGAGGAGGCAGGAGAAGGACAGGAGGUGGAAGAAGACGACAAUCUGAUGCUUGCCUGGGAGAUUCUGGACACUGCUAGAGUUAUACUACGCAAGCGUCCUAAUGAUAAAGAGAGCCAGUAUCAACUUGUUGACGCUCUGCAGUUGAUUGGAGAAUUGUCUACUGAGAAAGAGGAUUUCGAAGCAGCUAUCAAUGACUUGAACGCGGCCCUGGAACUGUGCUCUAAGCUUGAGCCGGAGCACAGUCGCAUGAUUGCCGAAAUUAACUACACACUGGGGUUAGCCCAGUCAUUGGGUAUGCAUACCAAGGAUGCUAUCAAGAGUUACGAAGACGCCAUUCGCUGCCUGAAACUGAAUGUCGAUCACCAGAAGAAGACAAUAGAAGAGGCGCAGAGCUUCGAUGAGGAGAUGAAGACAGAGGUCACCAAGAAAGCACAGAGAAGCAUUGACCAGAUCAAUGACAUCUUGCCUGAUCUUCUAUCAAAGCUGGAGGAUCAGCGCAGCGUGGCACCAUACGCGCAGCACUCCACGCAAGAGGCACUUUAUCAUGCCCUGAUGGCGAGAACAUCAGACGACGGUACCGGGAUAAGCCGCCAGUCGGUGCUCCAGGCCAUGGCGUCCGAAGGCUUUUCAACAGCGGCGUUCACCACUGGCAACGGUGCAGCCAGUGAGCACCCGGCCCUAUCCGGCUCCAGUGCCGGCUUUGCUCCGUCCAGCAUGGCCGCUUCGACUAGCACAUCUGCUGGUGGUGAGGGAAAUGGCACUGCCUCGACUGCAGCGGCUGCUCCUGCAGCGGCCCCCAAGAAAACUAUCAGUGGUCAGAUGGCGAAAAGCAAUGGACCUGUUAACAACAUUCAACAUCUUGUCAGGAAGCGCAAGCCUGAAGAGGCACCUAAGCCUGAAGAGGCGCCCAAGCCUGCAUCCGAGUCUGACUUGAAGGAGCCCGCGGCAUCCGCUGCUGGCGACUCUGACUCUGCUCCCGCAGCCAAGCGAAUCAAACUGAGUGCUGAGUCAGCGGUACAGCCACCGCCACCACCGGUCACAGAGUCCUAAACUGAGUGCCGUUGUAAGGACUGUGUGCGACAGUGUGCUACUGUCAGCACGGCAGUUGCCACAGUGGACUCAUCUCCUCUGAAAAUGCAUCAGCUGCUUUGCUCCCCGUUCUGGUGCAAUGUGGACGGGAGAGAGUGAGUGAUAUUCUGUGUGUGCUGGCCUUUGUCCAAUCCCUCUGUGAUCCUGCUGUCUCUCCGUCCUUCCCUCUCCUGUUUUCAGUUCGCGAUGUACUUUGGAAAUACAUGUACACCAGUUAGGCUAGGGUGGAUCAGGCUUUCCUCUCUUCAUCGGUAGAGUCAUACUUUGAAUCAACUACUUUGAAGUAGUUUGUGCGCAGAUUUUAUUAUGCCUUGCUACAGCAAUGUCACCCUGGGUGCGGGUGGGCAUGCGUGCAAUGUGUGUGUGUGUGUGUGUGUGUGUGUGUGUGUGUGUGUGUGUGUGUGUGUGUGUGUGUGUGUGUGUGUGUGUGUGUUGGGUAUCAGAUCUGCAUUAUCAAGCUUUUUUUAUGUUUCAAGUUUGUGAGAUACUCAUUGCUAGGCCUGUCACGUUUGCGUACCAAAGCGUCUUUCUCUCUCUUGGCUUGAACACUCCUGAAUAUUGUGCAUACGCGCACAUCUCUUUUUGGGUCCUUCCUGUUGUUGUUGUCUCCAUCACUCUGAGACCAUUACAUGAUUCUUUCUAUGCUGCAACUCAUCUUUUUUCCUGGUUGUGCUGUGGUGCAUCUGCAGAACUUGCUUGCCGUCACUGCUGUCUUUGAUGUGCAUACAAUGACAUGCAUGUACAUGUACAUGUGCAUGUAGUAUGCACCUUUUCCACACUGUUUACGGUAGUUCGAGCAUCGCUGUGUUUGUACGAUGG